AUGGUCGGUCUGACAGCUUACUACACUCCUCUACCCGUCGACGUAGCCCUCAGCGAGCACUCACGCAAGUUCUACGAUGGGACGUACAAAUGGGAUUUAGAAGGCUUCACCGAUGACGCCGGAGUCUAUCGCGAAUUCGACUGCUACGACCCUGAUGCUCGUGCUCCCACACCCUUGCCACCGCUAUGCUUGAGCGACGACGAUCAAGAGGCCGGUGCAGUGGAGGAGAAGAUCCACGAUGGAGAAUACGAAACCGAGAGAAUGGAAGAGGACCCCGAAAUCUUCUCGUUCGCAUCAAAUGUCAAGAGCGCGGGUGGCGUUAUCACUUUACGACGUGAUGAGCUAUUUCGUGGUCAUGCUGAUAGAGAGCAUCUCAUUGGCAAAAUGGAGAGUGCAUUGAUCGAAAGCAGAACUUUUGCGAACCUAGUUAUCGACGAAAAGCUCCAACAAGGCACCGAUGAGGAAUCACCACAGAAGCCUACAACACGCGGCGUCGCACAAAAGGUCAAGAGUAAGAAGUCGGCGGCCAGGUCAAUCAAGGCGUCGCCUACGAUUGAGUCACUACAAACUGGCAGCUAUAUAAGGGGCACUGGGGAGGCAUCAAGGCGUCGGUCCACGAGACUUAGUAGCUCUCAAGGUGGCAAGUAG